GCUCCUGCGUGCGGCUCGUGUGGUCCCUGUUAAGAGGGACAAAAGAAAGACGGUUAGUGGGUAAUAUUUUUUGCCUACGGAUGUGGAGAGAAGCUGUAAGAGAGAGAGAGAGAGAGAGAGAGGGGGGGUCGGCGUUUGUGCGCCGAGUUGUGAAGACUCUUCUCGGGGUUCGGCGGUCCGCGACCGACUCGGAUGGAAAACUUGCCGUUCAACUGGACGUGCGUGAUUGUUGUCCCGGUGUUCGGACUUCGCGUCGUCCUGGAUUAGCUAAAGGAGUGCUUCUAGGCUUACGUGGCUACCAACCGCGCGUACUCAGAGCAACUAUACACCUGCUGCUGGUACCCCGUUGCCCCACGUGACUUCGUGAAACGGGGUGAUCCUGCGGCCGAGGAACUACAAACCAAGGUUCAAGCUCAGCCGCGCGCUCGGGCCCCGGCAUGCCUCGCCGUCCGGUCGUGGGCUAUUGGAACGUGCGCGGCCUGGGCCAAUACAUCCGCAACCUGCUUGUGUACAAGGGCGUCGCCUUCGAGGACAAGCUGUACCGGUUCGGCCCGCCGCCGGACUUCGACCGCUCGCACUGGCACGGCGAGAAGUUCUCGCUGGGGCUCCAGUUUCCGAACCUACCCUACUACAUCGACGGCGACGUCAGGAUCACCCAAAGCUUGGCCAUCAUGCGCUACCUGGCCAGGAAGCACGACCUGGGCGCCAGGAACGACGAGGAAACCCUGCAGCUGGACUUCCUCGAGCAACAGGCCAGAGACUUGGCUUGGGGAUUGGCUAUGACAGCUUUCAACCCUACUUUCGAUGAGGCCCGGAAGAAGUACGAGGAGAACCUGGUGAACGUGCUCAAGCCGUGGGCCGACCAUAUGAGGGACUGCACGUGGGCCUUGGGCGACAGGCUCACCUACGUGGACUUUCUGCUCUACGAGGCCCUGGACUGGAACCACGAGUUCAACGCGGACGCGUUUGCCGGCUAUCCGGAGCUGCAACAGUACCUGAUGAGAUUCGAGGAGCUUCCCAACAUCAAGGAGUACUUUGCCUCCGAGAACUACAGCAAGUGGCCCAUCCUUGGACCCAUGGUCAAGUGGGGUCACUUCAAGGAGUGACUACGUGACUUCACGUCCUAGUAUUGCCCAUUUACCGUGACCUUUUCUGUUUCUUUGCUUCCUUUAAUUGACGCUUUGCUGGAACGCCGCCUUGGUUCUGGCGUGCUGUCAAUACACGAACAAUUGUGUGAACUGUCACACGGGAUCUUUUAGAGCGUGUCCUAUAUGUCUAUUUCAGGCCAGUUUGUCAAGCUGCCAAGUACUGCAAAGGCGCAUCACUGAUGAAGGCCAACUGUGAUUAUAGUGCAGCAGCCGCGUCGCUUCACCGUUCACGACUUUUCAAGAUGGCUGUCGGCGGAUUAUCUGUAGCGCUUAUAUAUAGCUUUUUUAAUUUUUUAAGCUGCAGGAGUGCAAUUCCUGGCGGAUGACUGAAGUUCCAGUCAUCGCCGCAUCCACUAAAGCCAGGCUGCUGAGUAACAAGGCAAACGCAAUGUCACACGGACAGUGUGCUGACUGCUCGGUUUCCCCUUUACGUGCUCUCGUAGAAGAUACCCUCGCCUACACUAUAUUGAAAUGAAGUUCUAUCCCAGCGUCCGAGUUUCAGUCCUGCCACUCUUGGAUCUUCACUCUGUACUUUAUUUACACGGUACGCAUGCGCGUAGAACUGUUUUCAGAAGCACAGAAAAAACAGCGAGGAGGUACGUUUCCUCUCUCUUCGCUAUACGAUACAGCGUGUAGCUGGCCAUCAGGCCAGCGCAGCUUGACAGCAAUCUGCGGAUGUGUAGAGGUCUGGCCACACAAAGGCCUGACAUAACCGCGAUCAACAUGUCGGGACCCAUCAUCGAGACCCACCCCGCCAGGCCUAUUCAUCACCGCCUUAGCGGAGCGCCCAGCGUUGUCGACCUCUACGAGAAACGAAGCUGCUAGUCCGGCCGGAGGGUCACGCGCGCCAACCUUUAAAUGCCCACAUAUCACGCUUCAAAAGCUGUCGAAAACGCCCGUUUCCUCUUAUAUAGUUACAUAUCUGCACCGUGCCCUCCCCCCUUCCCCGCACGCCGCGGUUGCGUGAAACGCGUGAGAUCAUGGAGGAAAGAGUGAAGCGAGAGAAAAAAAUAGGAAGGCAGUGGCAACAACAGCCAAAGAACGACGAGAUGAAAGCAAAAGGAAAAAAAAAAACCACAGAGUGCAACCGAAGCGGCGAAGGUCGCGGCACGUGCGCAUCGUUGAGCAGAGGCGGCGUCGGCGGCGGCGCGCGAGACCGGAAAAGCCUUGCACCAUUCCGGGGGCACGCAUUGUCGUGCUCACUCGCGCACAAAACGACAGGUGUGUGCCGCAUCGGCCCGCUCUUUAGGCUGGCCACGUUGGACCGCUUUUGGAGACUACGAUGCGUACCGUACUAUAUUGUCAUCGGUUGUUCUGCUCGUAGCGCCACGACAACAUACUAUAUAUCAUGCUAAGCCGUACUGUACUGUGCUAUACGCAUAGUGCGCCGCCUAUAUAGGCAACACUGAUGGCCACCUAGCGGGCGCUUUCCAACGCACCCUCGGGAGCAGUAGCAGAGGACAACCCUUUGCACCAAGGAUGACUGAAGUUCGUCGCUGCGAUUUCUCCGUUGUUCGGGCGCUAUAAACUGCUUCUUCUGCGGUUACAGGUUUGAGAAAGUAGCGGGCCUGUAUGAGAGCGGGCAUGUACACGAUGUUACGGGAGUCUGGGACAACCCAGUCAGCAUACGUUCCAAGUGCGUCCCUCAGACAAACGCAACGAAGCCUAGUUACGAAUUGGAGCUUGCGUUAAGUAGCCGUUUCGUGUUGUUGACUUAAGCAAUGUAUCGACCGCUAAUCUUAUUUUCAAUUCUACCCUUUCGUCGUCACUGUUUGCGUAUCUCA